AGAUACCGCCAACAUACAACUGUGAAUGGUCAGCAUGUCACAGCCUGCAGAGACCUCACGACGACAUAACAGAGCUGAAAACUUUUAGUUCUUCAGACUGAAACAUAUCUUCUGUGGUUUCUACCCUUGUACAGUCAGGACUAACGAUGGCUGUGAAGCUGUCCCAUCUCUUCUUGCUGCUGGUUAUGCCGAGUUUCAGUUUGACCAGUGGACAAAAAUGCUCCACAUCUGACUCCAGCUGCAAUCAGUGCAUCCAAUCCGGCCCUGAGUGCGCUUGGUGCACUGCCCCCAACUCUAGCAUUCACUGUCAUACUGUGAAGGGGCUGCAGAGAGCUGGCUGUCAUAAAGGUCAUAUAUAUAAACCUCAAAGCAGUGUGCAGGUCAUCAGGAAUGACAGCAGAACAGACAUAGCAGAUGCCAAAACCAUCUUCCUGCAGCCCCAGGAGCUCGCCAUUCAUUUGAGGCCAGGUGUGAGCCAGUCCUUUCCUCUGUCAAUCUCUAUGCCAAGUGAUCAUCCUACCACAGACCUGACUCUAGACACCAGCAACGUGCCAGCUGGUCUCAACAUCACAUUCAGUAGCAUAACUACAGGAAACCCCUUACUCAUGCAGGUAACUGUGGAAGCAGCACAAUGUCCCAGUAAGAGUGACAUCUCAAACCAGAACAGCACUGGACCCUGGUCUGUCCAGAUCACACCCAGAGGCUUUGCAAAGAGUGUGGCGUUGGAGGUAACUUUGCAGUGUCAGUGUAGUUGCACUGAAAACAGAGAGGAAAACAGUCCCACCUGCAGCAGCCACGGGGCGCUCGUGUGUGGGCGUUGUGUGUGCUAUCAGCCUUAUGUUGGAAACCUUUGUCAGACUGACAUAACUUCCUUUGAGUCAGAAAAUGAAGACUCCUGUCGCUCACGCCCUGGCGCCCCGGUGUGCAGCGGCCGGGGUGUGUGUGUGUCGGGCAUGUGUCACUGCAACCAGCGGGAAAAUCCAGAAAAGAUACGCGGACAAUUCUGUGAGUGCACAAACUUUGACUGUCCAUACCACGAGAACAGAAUAUGCGGAGGCAAUGGGAUAUGCGAGUGUGGAAUGUGCCGCUGUUAUGCGAACUGGACAGGUAGUGACUGCAGCUGCAGCACGGAAACUGCUUCCUGUGUGGCAAAAAACCAGCAGCUGUGCAACGGUAGGGGGAACUGCGUCUGUGGAAAGUGCCAGUGUUUGCCACAGUACCAAGGGCCGACCUGUGAGGACUGCCCUGUUUGUGUAGCACAUUAGAGAUGGGAGCAAAGAUGAACACGUGUGACAGAAAGUGUGGCUACCUCAUCGUGACAACGGUGGAGAUAAAAUACGAUGUGCUGAGAGAACAGAAUUCAUUCAUUCUGUAAAAUGAUGAACCAUGAUGGUUCCAGAGGAUGAUAGAUUGUAGGUUGGACUAACAUAUAUAUGAUAACAGGAUUUUUACUUUUCAAAAACAUGAUAAAGAUCAUCUUAUUUUGAUUGAAAGCAACAUCUGAAAAAUUAAACUCCAGUUUUUCGGCUCAGGUGCGGCUCAUGCUACGCCUCCUGUGGUGUAAGAGGAGCGUGGCAGACAAAGGAAAAAGAAAUAAAACAUACCGCCAUUCGUAAAAUAAUGCAGUUAUUUCUAGCAGUGAGGCUGGUAGUGUGUUGGAAGCGUAGGUCUCUGGCUUGAAGACUUAACUCCUGGCAAAGCUCCGUCUUCUUUUUUUCUUGAAGAGAAAAACAAAGAGGCACACAUGUACAUAUAGUUGGGCCAAUCUCUACACAUGAAGUAGAGGUUGAAAUACAACUGAUUUUUACUCAUGGAUAACAGAAGUGAGUCACUGGUGGUAACACAACCCAUUAGUGGCUGCUGCACAGGGGAAGUAACACAGAAACACAGCAGUGAUGGACAAAAAUGUGGUGCAUGUCCAGUUCCACACAUAAUAAAAAGGAUACGGAAGAGUACUUCAGGGACAUGUUAAAAAAAAAGAAAGAAGAAAAGAUCCCUAUGCUCUGUCACAAUGCCAGAGAUAAGAGAAUCAUCAGUCUCAGUGCCAACAACAUGUAAACAUUAAUGAGGUUAAUUUCCUCACACUUACCAAAUGACGUCACAUUUCCCUCUUGGUCAAACUUCAUCUGUCAAAGAAAGAAAACAUGAAGCUGAUUGGUUACAUCAAGCAACCACAUCUUCACUGCAUUUUUGCACAGCGUUGAAACACAAUUGUGUGAAAUGUAAAUAAUAACAAUAAAUUACUUGAGCAUU